AUGGGAGAGCAAUCGCCAAAUAAGGAGAAAACAGCACGAUCUGGCAACAAUCAUCCCAGCGCGCGUAUUAUUUUCUUACUGCUCGGGUUUCUCACCGCGUGCUGCAGAAAGUUUCUGAGAAAAGCCGACAUGUCCGUGACCCUCGUGCUGGAGAACUACAUCGGCGGGAAGUUCGUGCCCUGCUCCCGGCACGUAGACUCAUACGACCCGUCCACCGGAGAGCUGUACUGCACAGUACCGGACAGCGGCGUGGCUGAGGUGGAGGCAGCAGUGAAGGCUGCUAAAGAAGCGUUUCCUGGCUGGUCAGCUGCAAGUCCAGCAGAACGAGCUCGGGUUCUGAAUAAACUUGCUGAUCUGAUAGAAGCUCGCCUGGAGGAUUUCGCCCAGGCGGAAUCUAAAGACCAAGGCAAGACGAUAAGCUUCGCCCGAAAUGUCGACAUCCCACGUGCAGCGUACAACUUCCGAUUUUUUGCUUCGUCCGUCCAGCACCACACGACCGACUGCAGUCAGAUGGACCACAUGGGCUGCAUCAAUUACACUGUGCGAAACCCUGUAGGAGUGGCUGGUCUGAUCAGUCCUUGGAACCUGCCUCUGUAUCUUCUUACCUGGAAGAUCGCUCCUGCUGUGGCUACAGGGAACACAGUGGUGGCCAAACCCAGUGAGAUGACCUCAGUCACUGCCUGGAUGAUGUGCAAGCUGUUGGAAGAGGCUGGUUUCCCACCAGGAGUUGUGAAUAUAGUGUUCGGCACAGGUCCGCGUGCAGGCGAUGCCCUUGUGUCUCACCCGGAUGUGCCCUUAAUUUCGUUUACGGGCAGCACGGCUACAGCUCGAGUCAUAACCGAGCGCAGCGCCCCCUACUGCAAGAAACUCUCUCUGGAGCUCGGGGGAAAAAACCCAGCUGUCGUGUUCGCCGAUGCUGACCUCGAACAGUGCAUCAGUACCACCGUGCGCUCCAGCUUCUCCAAUCAGGGCGAGAUUUGUCUCUGUACCAGCAGGAUCUUUGUGGAGCGGAGCAUUUAUGCACAAUUCCUAGCAAAGUUUGUAGAGGCGGCUCGCCAGUGGAAAACCGGCACGCCCUCUGACCCUUCGAACGACAAUGGAGCGCUUGUGAGCAAGGAGCACUUAAAGAAGGUGCGGGGUUAUGUGGCUCUGGCGAGGGCUGAGGGUGCUCAGGUGCACUGUGGUGAGGGCGUCGACGCUCUCGCUCUCCCGCCUCGAAACGCAUCCGGAUACUUCAUGCUGCCUACGGUGAUCACGGGCGUUGCAGACUCCUCUGCCGUGAUGCAGGAGGAGAUAUUCGGCCCCGUCACCUGCGUGACGCCCUUCGAUACAGAAGACGAAGCGAUCUCGCGGGCUAACGACGUGCGCUACGGCCUGUCCGCUGUGGUGUGGUCCAGAGACGUGGGACGUGUUCACCGAGUGGCUCGGCAGCUGCAGGCCGGAUUAGUGUGGACCAACUGCUGGCUCAUCCGAGAUUUAAACCUGCCGUUCGGAGGAAUGAAGAGCUCAGGCAUCGGGAGAGAAGGAGGGAAAGACUCCUACCACUUCUUCACUGAGGUUAAAACUAUUACUGUAAAGCACUGAGGGCGUCGCAGAUUAAUACACUACCGUUAAAGUGGCUUUAUCUUAGUUUAACUCAGAUGAUAAAAAAUGCUUUCAAAAUUUCAAAAUUAAACACAGAAUAAGACAAUAUUUCUGAAUAUCAUACCUACCUUUAAAAAAAAAACCUAGUGAUGCCUUAUAUAAUAUCACAUACCGUAUAUUCUCUCUACACACAGAGAUAAUUGUCCGUUUGUAUCAGCUGACAUUACAGUUUAUCAUAAUAUGAAAUAUCAUCAAGCCUUGCCACAAGCAUUUCAGCGCACUGCCGGUCAAAAGUUUGUGGACACCCGACUGAGAUGUUUCUCACGAUCGUUAAAAAGCGUUUGAUCCGAAGGCGUGUGAUUAAACGUGUGAAACCGGUGUCGCAGACAAAGAUAUAAUCGUGCCGACGUGUUCAUUUCUUUCACUAGAAAACUGACAUUUUAUUU